AUGCCGGACCGAGCCCGCAGGCCCCGCUGCCGCCAGCCGUCGCUACCUGACCCUCGGCCUCCAGGCCGCCUGCUGCCCCAUGGCCGCCCGGACCCCGGCGCCAGCGCUGCCGAGCAGCAAUGCGCCGCGGCCACCCACUGCGCAUGCGCACUCGCCACGCAGGCGCCCCGCCGCGUCGCUGCGCACGUGGGCCGCCCAGCGGAGCUGCAGUGUCCGACGGGCGCCGAGACGUCCCGCGCGGGGCGGGGGACGACGGCCGAGGCGGGGAAGAGGCUGACGGUGCGGACGAGGGGCGGCCCGGGAGUGGAGGCGGGCAGCGGGAGAGGGGCGCGCCUCCGUGAUGCGAGUAGCCAGCGGUCGGCGCCCCAAGCAGGGCUCCGGUCCCCACUCACCUGCCGCGUCUGGAGCGCGCCUCCCGUACCGCCCGCCAGGUCUACGCUUCGGCACACCCGGCCUUUUGACCCCAGCUUCUGCCCGGCGUCCCGCCCCCACUCACCGCCACUGCGGGCGGGACCUCCUGAACCACGUGGGCCGGCUCAGGGGAGCGCUGGUGCCCAGCGAGAGGCGGCCCCGCCCGCUGCUGAUUCCCUAAUUACCGGGCUGUGACGCGGGCGGACCGUGCGGGAUUCGGGAACCGAAACCUGGCGGAGCAGCUGCGGCGGCGCUGCGCUCCCUCGGGGCUGUCCUGCGCUUUGGGGAACCGCGCUUGGCCUCACACCCACCUCCAGCGCCCAAGUGCGCCUUGCCCGCUCACCGCGGCCCCAGGGCUCUGCGCCUGGGAUCCCAAGGCUGGCAGUGGAGGGAGGACCUAGUGGUCCGGGCCUCCUCGAGGGGGACAGGGGGCGGUGUUUUGCGCACCCCACAGGCUGGACGACCCGGGAAGUUGGAGGCCGCGGCCAAAGCCACAGGAGCUGUCUUCGGAGUGUUUGUUGGAACUGCGGGCCCCACCCAACCCGCACUCGCUAAACUGGUGGCUGCUCACCACUAGCGCCUUCAGGCCUCAGAUGUCCCAACAAUGUGCCUUGUGCGCAGUUCUCAGCCCUUGGGUAACUGUCGAGUAAACUGGCAGUGCAUGCACGAGCAGCUGCUGUAACCUGCUGGCGCCCCAAUGCCAGCCACUGUUUUGUUUUUCUGAGAUAGGCUCUGAUUCUGUCGCCCAGGUCAGAGUCCAGUGACAGGAUCACGGCUCACUGCAGCCUUGACCUCCCAGAUGGAAGCCAUCCUCCCUCCUCAGCUUCGGAGUAGCUGGGACUACAGAUGCAGUUCUUUUUAUUCAGACCAAGAGGAACGCUCAGUUUAGUCCCAAAGAAAGCUAGUCUCUGGAGUAACACAACCUCAGAUAUCCCAGGGGAGGGAAAUGGCAGAAGAGAAAGGUAAGGCAGCUGCCCGUGGAGACUCCCAUGGUACUGUGGGCAAGGCCUAUGCCUGGCGAGUAGCAGGUAGAGCUCACUGCUCUGCAGGCCUGUGAGGUGGAGCUACUCAGGAACCCCUCCAAGGAGCCAAUGUGCCAUUUAUGGGUUCUGUGAUGUGGGCGGGCAAGGCACUGGCAUGACCACAUCCGUCAGACCUCACGGCAGCAGGGGCAGUGUAGGGAUGGGGGCACGUCCAUCAACUGAAAAUGGACCCAUAAAUAAUCACCAGACCAAAGUCCCUCAUGUCAAACUGCUUUAUUACAUCUUAAAUAACAGUACAGUUUAAUAUAGUAUCUAUCUUGCAUCCAGCUUCCUUGCAGUACACUGACUUUAAAAUUAAAUACAAAAAGUGGAGAGGGGAAGGGUGCAGAGAGCUCUACAGAGUUGUUUGAUGGAGAGAGAAAGAAGGGGUUUCAUUUGUAUUCUCUUUGCCAGAUCCAGGCCUACCGCAAGGUCACAGCACAGUUUUGUAUAGAAUGUUGCAGAAAACAGGAUGGAGAAGCCACUACUGCUGCUAUGAAGGAGUGCCGGGGGUCAGGGCGGGGGUCCCACAGAACCUGCUUUCCAAACGCUGCUCAACACUGGUCUUGAAAUGAACACCAGGACAAUCUGUGCAUGAUGGGAACGAGCCGCCUUGGACGCUUAGGGCCCUUUAGAAUCCAUAAAGGAGGGCAGAUUCUUCACUCCCCCUCCCUCCUCCUCUCCCUCCCUCCCCACCCUCAGAAUCCAACAGCAGUCGUUUGCAACAGUACUUUUGUUUUUUAAAAGAAAGAAAGAAAACAGUGACUUAUCCCGCUACCCAAGCGUGUAGAGCCGCGCGCUGUACUGCUUCCGAUAUGUGCCACAGAGCAGCAACAAGAAGUGGACAGAGCCGCAAUGGUUACAACUGUAAGAGGUUACUUCUCAAAAGAAAAAGAACACCUAAGGACUGAGUCCUGUAUGCACUUUUGAGCAUUUCUACAGCAUGCGAUUCUAAGAGUAAACCCACCCAAUAUGGCAAACAAUCAAAAUUUUUAAAAUUUAACUUAGAAAGUCUGAGAUCAUUAUUUUCAAAACAUUGAUUUGUACAUUGUUUCAUACACAAUUAACUGACUAUCCAAGCACAGGACAGGCAUCGCUCUUGAAAACAGAGGUUCCUCCUUGUUGGGGGUGGGGUAGUGUUAGGCUUUAUAAACUUCCCUCCAACUUCACAAGGAAACCCAAAGUGAGAUUAAAAACAACUCAGAAGACAGACAGGAUGGGUUAGGAGGAAAGUGGUGCUGGAUCUGAGCUCACUUUUCAGCCAAGGCGAAGGACUCUCUGAUCACGCAUUCGAGACCAUCACCACAUGUGCUUGGUCCCAUGGCUUCUGAACAUGUUCUUUUCUAUGCCAUGUUUGUGUGCAACAAUGUUCUGUGACACUAAACAGAAAAUUAAAAACCAGGGACUGAAUUCACAUCAUUGACAAUGCCAAAGAGGCUGCCCUAGACUCUCUGGUUUUGAGUAACUGCUGAACACUAAGGAAUAUAUUUUAAAAAGGAAAUAUGAAUGCUUUCAAAAUCUUGCUACGAACAUGACUGAAAUUUGGACAUGAUGACCAGAUGAACAAAGCCCUCAGCAGCUUGUUUUGUGUGAAUGUCACAAAACAGGGUCACUGGUCUAAAAUUCAAAUAAACUAGUAGAAAGGUGUGUUUGUCUCACAAUUACACUCAAGUUUACCUUCGGGUUAACAAUUUUAUUAUAUAUUUCCUUUUAAAAUUCAUUCAAGACAAAAAAGAAAA